CUGUCCCCUGGGAGCAGUUGGGGGUUAGGAAGCAGGGAACUCAGAAAGGAGGCCACGGUGACAUUCUUCGUGGGAGAUGGUGGAGGCAAGGCCAGUGCGGUGGCAGCUGAUGUGAUGGGCACUGGUCAGAUUCUAUAUCCAUUUCGAAGCUGGAAGACCUGGUUGUGACCUUAGCUAGUUCACAGUGUCGCUGUCCGUGCGCUGUCCUAGCUGAGGCCUGCGGCCGCAUCACUUGUCACCACUAGGUGGCGCGUCCCGCCCGGGCACGAACACACUCCUUGCACAGUCUACCCCAAAGUUUCCUUUCACUUUCGGUCUUUGGCUGUCACCCAGCCUGGUCCUUCCACACCCAGCUGGGGCAAGCCUGGUGCGUGGGGUGAAUGGCUUUCCAGGUCCCGGAGGGGCGGUCCCAGGGUCCCCACUCCCGGGCCGAGGGAGCAGGGUGGGGGCCUGGGGAGGAUUCUGGGGACCGGUUUCUUAGAAGGGAAGAUGACUUUUCACCGUAACUGGGGCUCGUGCAGGAAGCCCGGGGGAGCAGGAGGCGGAAACGUGCCCACAUCAAAGGCGGCAGGACGGGGCGGAGGGGUACAGGGGCGAGCGCAGAAGGGGCUGCAGGGUGCGAGGCCUGCUCUUCUGUCCCUUCCAAGACCCUGCCACAGGCAUGAGGGGUCUCCGGCCGAGAUGACAGUGCUGGUGCCAGCCUGGAGCCCAAAUCCUUCGCUGCUGCUGCUGCUGCUGCUGCUGAGCCCUUGCCUGCGGGGCACACCUGACUGCUAUUUCAGCCACAACCCCAUCUCCUCCAACUUCAAAACUGACUACCUGCUUAAAGAUUACCCAGUCACCGUGGCCAUCAACCUUCAGGACGAGAAACACUGCAAGGCUUUGUGGAGCCUCUUCCUGGCCCAGCGCUGGAUGGAGCAACUGAAGACUGUGGCAGGGACCGAAAUGCAAGAGCUGCUGGAGGCUGUCAACACGGAGAUACAUUUCGUCAGGUCGUGCGCCUUCCAGCCUCUCCCAGAAUGUCUUCGCUUCGUCCAGACCAACAUCUCCCACCUCCUGCAGGACACCUGCACGCAGCUGUUGGCUCUGAAACCCUGUAUGGGGAAGGCUUGCCAGAAUUUCUCUCGGUGCCUGGAGGUGCAAUGUCAGCCAGACUCGUCUACCCUGCUGCCCCCAAGGAGUCCUGUCGCCCUAGAAGGCACCGAGCUUCCAGAGCCUCCGUCCAGCCAUCUCCUGCUGCUGCUGCUGCUGCUGCUGCUGCUGCCUCUCACGCUUGUGCUCCUGGCCGCUGCCUGGGGCCUUCGCUGGCAAAGGGCACGAAGGAGGACGGCGCUCCGCCCUGGGGUGCCCCUCACCUCCCAUCCCUAGGAUAUGACACUUUUGCGGCAUUGACUCAGCCAGGGGCUUAUCUCGGUGAGUCUUCCACUUAUACCGGAACAUGGAAUGGCCAGGCUUGGGGGUAGAGUCAGUCCAAGAUUGGAGGGGGGGUGUCUCACUAUGUCUCAUUGGAGGGGCAGGGGUUCAGGGGAGUGGUGUGGUGUCCGGGGGAAGAGCAGCCUUUGAUAAGCUUCCAGUGUGGCAAAGCUCAGGGGCUUCUGAAGCUGCCACCAUCAGAAGGCUGCAGAGAGCCAUGGAAGGCUGUGGGGAGGAGCCUGGUGUGGGAAGAAGGCAAGAAGGCAGGUCCCCCACAAGUACCCAUAUUUUAGAGUUCACUGUGUGCUUUACACUCAUGCCUCUCCUGGAGGUUAUACCUGUAGUCCCAGCACUUGAGAGGCCAGAGCAGGGCGUCUGCUGCAAGGUCUGGCCACCCUGGGCUACAUGGUGAGUUCAAGGCCAUUGUGAGAUACACAAUGAACCCUUGUCUCCUGUCUCAAAUAAACAAACAAAAAAAUGCAAUUCAGUGACACUUUUUUUUUGCAGAUGAGGUCUCACUAUGUUGCUCAAACUGACUUUGAACACCUCGAUGAAUCUUCCUGUCCCAGCCUUCCCAAUAGUUGGGCCUGUAGGCAUGUUAUAUACAACAAGGCUUUUCUUUUUCUUUUUUCUUUGUUUUCUCGGUGCUAGAGUUGGGAACCAAAACAAGGAACAAGCUAGGCAAAUACUGUGCUACUGAGCUACAUCCCCUGCCCAGAGGACACAGUGUCCAGGCAUGGUGAUGGACAUCGGUAACCCAGUACUUCUGAACUGGAAAUGCUGAAGCUGGAGGACACUGACUUUAAGAAAAACAAAAAGGAAGAAAAAGAAAGAGAGAGGAACACUGUAGCCCUGUGUGGUGGCUUCUGUCAUCCCAGCUCCUUAAAAUAAAGAGCGACUGCUGGG